AUGGGCCGGGGUCGGUGGAGAAGGCUAAGGCAGGCUUGGCCUGCUGGAGGAGGCCGGUCGCGAUGGCAGGCCGAGGGGUGCUGCGGCUCGGGAGGCCGACUGGGCCGGUCCAGGGAGGCGCGGCCCAAGGCGCCUAGCAGCGAAGCGCUUGGGGGUUCGUCUCCAGCUCGCUCGCGAGCGUCUGCAACCGGCGGCUGGCGGCGGGGCUGCAUGCAGGUCCCUGGCGAGGACGGAGCGAGGAGACACCGGCGAGGGGCGCGGCGGCCCUCUGGGAAGACGACGGAUGGCGGCACGAGGAGCAGGGGGCACGGAUCCGAGGCGGCGGAGCGCGGGAGAUCGGGCGGCGGGACUCUGGGAUCCGGCGGGGCGCAGCGCGGGACCCAGGCGGCGGAGCGCUCGAGGCGGCGGCCCGAUCUGGCGGCGACGGCGCUCGGGAGCGGGGCUCCGGAUCGGGGCUGGCAGCGAAGCUGCUGCCUCGGGAGGAGGAGCUCGGGCUGCGGGGCUGAACGGCGGUGGCUGCAUGCCCGGGGCGGCGGCCAGAUGGGCUCGGCGGGCCCCGGUGGUCCGACUCCGACUCGUUGCCCCACCGUCUCCGCCUCUCCCUUCCCUUCCCCAGCCGAAGUGCGGAGGACAGAGGCUUCCGUCAAGAUCCAAACUCCUCCCCCUCCCGGCGGCUCGCUGCUUAUAUACUCCACCGUCCGAUCCAGGAGCUACCAACCCAGCGCGCGUGAGAUCCCGCCGGAGUCCUCCCAGCCCGCUCGCGGCAGCCGCUGCCUACCUCGCCGCCCCUGUGGCUGCGCCGGUUCUAGCAAAGGGGCACCGCGUUUCUGUUCCAGAUUCUACUUUUGCCUUCCCUGCAAACAGAGGUUUCGAAGGACAGGUCACGCUGAGGUUCUUGUGAUGGCUACCGCAAACGGACUAGUCCAUGCAUCUGCCAAGAAGCCCUUGUUCACAUUUGGCGUCAUUGCUGAUGUGCAGUACGCCGAUAUCCCAGACGGCCGCUCGUUUCUUGGCGUUCCACGCUACUACCGGCACAGCAUCAGCGUCCUUCAAAGAGCUGUCAGCACAUGGAACAAGCAAGGCAAUAUCAAGUUCUCGAUCAACUUUGGCGACACCAUCGAUGGGUUCUGCCCAAAGGAUAAGUCGGUGUGGGCGAUGCAGAAGGUCCUCGACGAGUUUGAGAAGUUUGACGGCCCGACCUACCACAUGUUCGGCAACCAUUGCCUCUACAACCUUCCUCGGAGCAAGCUGGUGGCUUUGUUGAAGAUGCCGACGGGUUCUGAUCGUGCGUAUUAUGACUUCUCACCAUGUCCUGAGUACAGAUUUGUUGUUCUGGAUGCUUAUGAUUUCAGCGCGCUUGGCUGGCCUCAGGAUCAUCCUGUGACAGCAGCAGCAAUGAAGCUCCUCGAUGAAAAGAACCCAAACACCGACAAGAACAGCCCUGACGGUCUGGUUGAUGUCGACAGGCGGUUUGUGAAGUUCAAUGGUGCGGUUGGCAAGGAGCAGCUGUCCUGGCUCAAUGAUGUCCUCCAGGAUGCAUCGGACCGCCGGCAGAAUGUCGUCCUAUGCAGUCAUCUCCCGAUGGACCCUGGCGCAGUGUACCCAGCAGCUCUUAUGUGGAACUAUGAUGAGGUGAUGGCUAUUGUUCGACGGUACAACUGUGUUAGGGCCUGCUUUGCCGGGCAUGACCACAAGGGUGGCUACUCAGUGGACUCCCAUGGCGUGCACCAUCGCACGCUCGAGGCCGCGCUUGAGUGUCCUCCUGGCACCAGUGCAUUCGGGCAUAUCGAAGCCUAUCCUGACAAGCUGUUGCUUGUAGGCUCUGAUGGAAUGGCUGAUACUGAAAUGUGUUUUCGGUCCUCAGAUCGAGCUGCGCUGUAGAGUAAAAUGCACGUGACUUCAUUAUUUUGACUCUUGGUGAUGCUAUUGAAAGAAAACUCAUGUGACUUCCUGUUGUCUGACAACACUAUUACAUGUAAAUAACAUUGAAAGUGGUGGAAAAAUAACAAUGGAACUGUUGUAAUGCUUACUUCACCAUCUGGGAACUGCUGAAUGGAGCACAGUGUUAGGCUCUACUAUUCAGGAGUCUUUGUUGUAAGUGUACAAAUGCAAUACUAUUUUGGAUGGAAAAUCCAUGUUAUUUCUAUUUUUA